AGCACGCCAUGCUCUCCAUCGGGUCCGGAGGAGACAGACACGCCAAAACCACCGAUCUCUGUCCUGUCAUUAUAUGUACAGGCGGAAACAUGCCUGCAUUCCGCUGUCAGGGAAAGCGAAGAAAAUAACGAGACACAACUGAUUUGUUUUUAAUAUUCCCAUGUUCCACAUGAGGGAGGUUAAGAUUGGAGAGGGCACUUGUGUACUAGUAUUGCUUUUUUCUGGGCUUGUGACGUGCUCGGGUGUUUUCAGAAGCCCUUUAACAGAUGAUAUUGCCACGCUGGAAACACUGAGUGGGAACAUUCCCAAUGACUACAGAAUACCUCUGGAUUUCAUUCCCAAGGACGUGGGUGGAGCUUGCUGGCUACAUCUGAACCUGUUUCCAGUUGAAAGCAGUUUAAAGGCACUAUCCCUCAAAUUUGACAACCUGUCCAUGAACAAAUCAAACAUUACCAUAUUUCUAACCAUGCUGCAGGGCUUUCGUUUCACACUGGAUAGAGAGGAGCUGGAGGUCACCAUGCAAACAUUCAAUUGUCACUACAGAAGGGUUAAAUGGCCCACUAGACGAUACUUUACCCAUGUUAAAGAGGUACUUACAGCGGCUGGGUCCACGCCUGGCGAGUUUCAUCACUGUGUGCCUCCUCCUUGCCAAACCCGUGCAGCCCCACCUUUCACACCAGGUCAAAGCAGACAACAGAAUGGAAUAAACGGAGCAAUUCACGGGCUCUUGGCACUGUUCAUCAUCCCCAGUGUGGCGGUCCUGGUUCUUACUGUCAGAAUGGUAUUCAGAAAAGGAGGCUAUUGUCCACAAAGGAGUCAUGAAACAGCACUCAGUUUAGAUGAGCUCCACAACAGAGUUGCGGAAAGCGGCCCUGAGCCUGGAGAUAUGCAUGUUCACACAGAGUCUCUCAGUGGAGCUGCACGAGGGGACCCUCUGUCCAGCCCUCACAGUGAACAAGACAGGGUGUGGCUGGAUUCUUUAGGGUCUGGAGAUACAGAGGUCUAAUCUAAAAUGCAUGAGGGGAUCUAAGGAAACUGCAGUAUUUUUAAUGGAAAUCUCUGGAUUUAUGAAGCGGACAAUGAAGGAAAUGGGACAUUUGGAAUAUUAUCAUUGUGCCAUGGGGCAAACAAGAGCAUUACAAAGGGAUUAUUUAUUAUAACACAAAACUGUGUAGACUUACUCAUCAAGCCUUACCUGCUAACCACAAAAACAUUGAGCCGAAGAAGCAAAUCUCAACUUGUGUUGGGCUUAACCAAUCAAUGAGAGACUGUUACUACAGGAUGCUAUCCUAUAAAACAGCUAUGGGAAAACCAUUAUGACUUCAUCCGGCAGGAAGUGUGGCUCUUUGAUGAGCGUGCUGAGUGGCAGAGAGGCAUUUUCUGCAAUGCCCGCGGCAGCUCGCAGGCUUUGAGGAAAGCCACUGGUCCAUCAGGCCUCUGAGCGGAAGAUAAAUGGCUUUUUUGUGCCAGCACCCUGAGGAUGGCAGUUUAUGUUGCACCACAAAACCUCUUUGAAACAGAGCGCUUGCUUGUCUAGAAUACAUUUGAUGAACAGUAGUUAUGAGAUUUUUGGUGUUUUCAAACUCAUUUAUUGUCUUAUUUCCAGAUACUGAUGAAAAGGACCCGGAAGCC